GAGCUCUAGCGAGACAUCAAGACAUGGGCUAAGAGAAUGUUAAUGAGUUAGUUUCAACCCAUAUCUAACGUCCAACCAAAUUCCGGAGCUAAAUCGAACUGGCCGCGGACCAGACAGGGCGGUUCAAAAUCACCUACCUUCUCUUCUCUGCUUUUGUUUCGAUUUGCCACGCAGCCGACGUCGUGCGCCUGCGGACGCCACGCGUCUUCAUUCGGGGGCCCUGGUUCCUUCUCCCGCUCCAUCUGGCAUUCGAAUGAACUAUUACAAAACUAAACCCGCGGACUCUUCUUAUCACUCGGCGAAGAAGGACAAAGAGAUCGAGUUGUGAGAGAGAGGAACUCAUCGUUCAUGGCGGAGCACGAGGAGCCGAGUGAGGCGGAGCAAAUCGAGGUGAAGCCGCGAGAUUCGCCUUCCUCCUUAGAGUUCGAUUCGGGGACGGAGGAGGAGAGGCCGGAGCCGUCGGCGUCCGCUGAGAAAGCCAAGGUCUUCCGCCUCUUCGGCAGGGAGAAGCCCGUUCACCACGUCCUCGGCGGUGGCCAAGCUGCUAAUUUGAUUCUAUGGAGGGAUAAGAAGAUCUCAGCUGGAAUACUCGUUGAUGCCACUGCUAUUUGGGUUAUGUUCGAGUUCGUCGGCUACCAUCUACUUCCUUUAAUUUCCCAUGGCCUCAUCAUCUCUUUGCUCAUGCUCUUCCUGUGGUCGAAGGCCUUGACGUUUAUUAACAAAUCUCCGCCUCACAUUCCAGAGGUGAGGAUACCUGAGGACCAAACUGUGAGAGUCGCGCUCGCCGUGAGGAAUGAGAUCAACAGAGCUUUCGCUGUUCUCAGGGAGAUUGCGCUUGGGCGGGGUCUAAAGAAGUUUAUCAUUGUGAUCGCCGGACUCUACUUGCUGUCGAUCGUUGGCACCUCGUUGAACUUCUUGACACUGCUCUACCUACUAUUCUUGGCACUCCACACUGUGCCAGUUCUCUACGAGAAGUACGAAGACAAGCUCGACGCGUACGCCGAAAAAGGCAUGUUUGAACUAAAGAAGCGGUAUGCUUUGUUCGAUGCCAAGGUCAUGAGCAAGAUCCCUAGACUUCCAUUGAAGGAGAAGAAGAUGCACUAGACUUGCAAGCUACGUACGCUGUGUUAAUUUUCAGGUGUUCUACUCUGUUGUUGAUUUAUGCAUGUUAAUGAGGAACUAGAAAGUGUUUACGUUUUGUUAAUUGGAUGGCGUCUGGUUUGUCUACUAAUUGUAAGUUGCAUCUCUAUAGAUUUUUACAUGAAAAGGAUGGUUUGUGAGUCGAGAUGAAAAGGAUGUCUGUGGAUUCUGCCGUCCUGUUUGCAUAUAAGAAAAAUAUUUAAAGUUUAUUAAUUAAUUUAAGAUCUUUCUGGUACAUUUGUGAUUAAUAAAACGCCACAGGCAUUUAUCA